UGACAAACAGAAUUACGGUAGUCCUUGCCUAGGAACGGAAAUAAUUCAUAUUCAAUUUUUUUUUAUAGAUAGUGAAAGCUGCCACAAGUGUCCAGAUGAAGAGUGGCCAGAUAAGAGGAAAGUCAAAUGUAUCCCAAAAAUGUAUGACUUUCUGUCUUUUGAAAAUGAUUCGAUAGUAUUAAUUAUAUCAUUAACCACUUUAUUAUUUUGUAUCAUAACGUUGUUUAUAAUAGCAAAUUUAAUUUAUCACCGGGACACCCCGGUUGUGAAAGCCAAUAACCGGACUGUGAGCUUCAUCCUCCUGACCUCCAUCUUGCUGAGCUUCCUCUGUGUCUUCUUGUUCCUCGGUCGUCCUGUGGAUAUAACCUGUAUGCUGAGACAAAGUUUAUUUGGAAUCUUCUUCUGUGUCACCGUCUCCUCUGUUCUGGCCAAGACCAUCACUGUCUACAUUGCAUUUAAAGUCACCAAGCCCGGCUCCUCCUGGGGAAAGUGUGUGGGUGCAAAAGCAUCUAAUUUUGUGGUCUUGACGUGUUCCUCUGUCCAAGUUCUGAUCUGUGUUAUUUGGCUGUCAGUGUCUCCUCCCUACCAAGAGUAUGACAUGGACUCCUAUCCUGGGAAGAUCAUCAUUCAGUGUAAUGAAGGGUCAGUUAUCGGGUUCUACUCUAUGUUGGGUUAUAUGGGGUUUCUGGCAGCUGUGAGUUUUCUUCUGGCUUUCAUGGUGAGGACAUUACCGGACAGUUUUAAUGAGGCCAAGUACAUCACCUUCAGCAUGCUGGUGUUCUGCAGUGUCUGGAUUGCCAUGAUCCCGGCCUAUCUGAGCACCAGAGGGAAAUACGUGGUGGCUGUGGAGGUUUUCGCUAUAUUGGCCUCAAGUGCUGGAAUAUUAGGCUGUAUAUUUUUUCACAAAUUGUACAUUCUGCUUUUAAGACCUGAGCUGAACACCAAAAAAAGCAUACUGUUGAAGAACAGUGUUUAG